GUAAAUUCUAAUUGGCCCACUGUUUCUUGGUCAGUCAUUCUUACAUCGCAAACCUGGAAGUGGAAGGAAUCGUUGGGGGGUACUACCCGUUAGUAUAAAGAGGAGUCAUCUAAAGGAGAAGGAUCUCUUUCAUGCACGCUUCAAACGUAGUCGAGACCAGCGAUUCUACAAACGCGUCCACUUCACAAGAUGACUCCGAGCUAUCAUCACAUGCAAGCCAGCCUUUUACACCUCCAAGAGGUCGUACACGUUACCCUGACACGCUAGCUCGCGUCCCCUUGCAUCGCCGUGGGACCUCCAAGACAUAUGAGCGACUCGAAGAUCUCCUUCGUGAGGCCGGUUACAAAGAGACUCGCGUCUUUACACCAGAAUCCGAGCGACAUACAGAUCAUGCAAUCGAUAAGCACACGAGCAAUGUGCGUGGUGGCGUAGGUACUGUUGUCGGGUUCCUCGCCGGCCUUGUAAGCCGUAAUUCGAGUAUGGCACGGGAACCGAUCUCCAGCAAAGAUUUACACUCUCAACCACCAUCGCCGCUUGCACACAUCAAAGCUCUCCACCCAUCAUCUUCCGCAUCUUCCUAUUCCUUCAAUACAUCGCCAGAAAGCCUUCGCAAGCAUUCUCGCUUUCAUGCCACACGCAACCUAUUCCCUGAAACCCCUGGCCAGUCUCUCGCUCCAAAUGCCUACAUUCCUCAUCAAUCUUCAUCCAACUUUUCCAAAGAUGCUCCAAACGCUCACGCAUACCUCCGGCAUAUGGCAUCAGCACCGAAUAUUCAACCCCUAGCUAAACGCCCCUCCUCAUCGAACGUCUCCCUCCGUUCCCAUCGCACUCCCCACGCACAACCUCGUUCUUCACGUCGAAACGUGGUCCUCACAUCAGACGAUAUCAUCGAGACAGACGAUCCUCCACCGCUCCCUCGUAACUGGAUGGAAUCCGUCGCUAAAGCCCUUCUCUCUGGUGUGCCUGAGACUGCCUCUACGCGAAAAAUGAACUCGACGUUCUCAGAGGUGACGAAUAGACCCAAGGAACAGAGACGGCCACCAUUGCUAUGCGCACAGGUGCAGGAGCAGCGUGCAGGUACGACUGAGGGGAAGGUGAGCCAGACGAGCGUCGUGUGUAGGUCUGCGCCUGCAUCACGUGCGGGAUCGAGGGUGCGUAGAACCGGUGCUGAAUACGAUGAAUCGAGACAUAGACGUGACGACGAGAGACGGAGGAGGAACAAGCGGGAGGAAGAAUUAAGGAAAGGACAAGGAAAGGGCAAGGGGAAACGCAAGAAUCAGAUAUGGAAGGCCCGUGUUCUUCCAGCUCAUCCUCUGAAGAUGUGGACGACGACUGAAGACGAAGGAGAACUAGACCUAGGAAAGGAUACUUCCUCCAUUCGUAGUCUCCGAAAACAUCUUCACCCACCCAGUACAGCAGGCAGCCUCCGGGGGCAGCCUCCGACAUCCACCACCAUCAGCACUACCAAUAGCACCAUCAACGGCCAACUCUCGUCUUUCGCACCAGAUUCCCGAGGACACAUCUGGCUGGACGACUCCUGGGGCACAAGUAGAGGCCGUCGGUGGGUCGUAGGUGAAGAAGACGACGAUGAAGGGGAUGGGUAUGGAAACGGGAACGCUAACGGCGCACUUUCAGCGUCUGAGAUUGGGGGGACUGGUAUUCGUACGCGUGCGGGGAUGAAGCGCCGCCGCGGGUUGCCUGGCGCGUGGGCGCAGUGGGGCAGUUAAAUCGAUGUUGUGAUGAUAAAGGGACUCCCUCUUUCUCUUCCUGGUUUUAAUCGUUUGCAGGGAUAGACACACGUGCGGAAUGGGGUUGGUUUGCUGGUACUUUGGAUACUGGACCCUUCGUACGUGCAUGCUCGACUAUUCGCAUUUUUUUUUCUUUUUCAUCUUCGCUUUCGUUUCAUGCACAUUGUUAUGGUAUGGUAUACAUAUGCUUUAUUGAUGUCGUGUCCAUGAGGUAUCUCAGAUCUCACUGGGACGAAGGAUACGAGUAAUUUACUUCGUUCUAACUCGAACUUGAAGAAUAUAUAAAUGUAAUUGUUGAUGGUCAUGAGUUU